GGGGGGCGUGGCGCGGGUGCCCGUGGGAGAAUCCGUGGGGCUCGGGCGUGACAUGCGUGCAGGAUUCCCCGGGGGCGGGAUAUGGAGCGCCCGCGGGGGCGUGGCGUGGGCGCCCUGGGGGCGUGGCGUGGCACAUCCCUCAGGGGAAGCCCGGAGAUCACGGCCGCAGCGCGCAGGGCUCCGGAGCGCUCUCCCAGCCGGACGGGAAAGGUCCCCGAGUCUCCGCCCCGCGUGGCGCGUCACACGCGUGCCGAGGCCGGGAGCCCGCGGGGCCGGAGACGUGCCGAGGGACGUCCGCGGCGCGGCGGGCAGCCUUGCGCGCGGGCAGCGGCGGCGGCGCUGGCCAUGGCCCCCUGGCUGGGCGCCGCGCUCCUGCGGCUCUCCCCCCUGGGCGCCCUGUGGCUGAUCCUGGCCUGCACCUUCCUCCUGGCCCUGCUGCUGCAGACCGCGCCGCCCAGCGUCUUCCCCCGAGGGCCCCUGGCUCUGUCCACCUUCUUCCAGGACCUGAUCCGCUACGGCAAGACCAAGAGCGUGGGACAGCAGCGCCCGAGCUCCUACCAGGUCUUCGACCUCCCCAAGAGGUGGUUUUGCCAUUUCUAUAUCAUUUCAGUGGUGUGGAAUGGCUUCUUGCUUCUCUGCCUUAUCCAAGCCCUGUUCCUAGGAACGCCCUUUCCAGGAUGGCUUCAGGAUUUGCUCCGAAAACUCGGGGCUUCACAAAUACAAGGGGAUGAGCUGGUGCUGUCCACCUUCCUGGUUCUGGUGUUCCUGUGGCUGCACAGCGUGCGAAGGCUCUUCGAGUGCCUCUUCGUCAGCGUCUUCUCUGGGAGCGUGAUCCACGUGGUGCAGUACGGCUUUGGGGUCUCUUACUAUGUGAUUGUCGGCUUAACUGUGCUGAGCCAAGUGCCCGUCGACGGCAGAAACGUUUAUGUAGGGAAAAGUUUGCUGAUGCAAGCGCGCUGGUUCCAUAUCCUGGGGAUGAUCAUGUACAUCUGGUCAUCUGUCCAUCAACACAGAUGCCAUGUCAUCUUGGCUAAUAUGAGGAAGAAUGAUUCAGGAAAGGUCAUUCACUCUAAAUACAGAAUUCCUUUUGGAGACUGGUUUGAAUAUGUUUCAGGGCCUAAUUAUUUUGCAGAACUGAUGAUCUACGUAUCCUUGGCUGUCACCUUUGGAUUCUACAAUUUCACCUGGUGGCUUGUGGUAUUAUAUGUGCUCUUCAGCCAGGCCUUGGCGGCUGUUCUAAGUCACAGAUUUUACCUGAGCAAGUUUGACUCCUAUCCAAAGCACAGGAAGGCUUAUGUGCCAUUUUUAUUUUAAGAUUGUGUGCAUCUUAAUAACAAACAAUAAAACUUUUUCAGGUUCUGAACAAAA